CUCCCCCCGGACCUCGCGCAGCGCGUCUUCGACGUGCUCGCGCGCGCGAACGAGCUCACCGUGGACGCGCUCGGACGCUUCGAAGGAUGCUUCCUCUCCGACGCGAGCGGCCUCGACGCGAACGUCGUCACCGACGCGUUUCUCGCCGCGCUCCGCGACGUCGCGACGAGCCUCUCUCGGAUCGACCUCACCGGGUGCGACGCGCUCACGAGCGGCGGGCUGCGGUCGAACUUCCCGUGCUGCGCGCGAAUGACGAUCGUGAACGUCAGCGAGUGCGCGGGCGUGGACGACGACGCGUUGGCCGCGAUGGCGUCCGCGACGCACCUGAAGUCGUUUUUCUGCGAAGGCAACGACGCCGUGACCGGGUCCGGGGUUCGGCACCUCGCGUCGCUGACGUCCUUGCGCGAGCUGAGCUUCGAGCGGUGCGCGAGGUUGAGAGAGGGGAUGUGCCACCUCGCCGGGUUGCGUAAUUUGCGAUCGUUAAACCUCGGGUGGUGCGGGAAGCUGAGCGCGAAGGAGACGUCGCGCGCGCUGACGCCGUUCUUCCCGGCGUCGGCGUCGGCGCCGCGGUCGACCCCGAUCGAGCUCUCGCUCGCGCGAACGGGCGCGAACGCGGACACCGCGCGCGCGCUCGGUCAACUCGCCGGUCGACUAGUCGCGUUGAACGUGUCCGGGUGCGCGAUGAACGACGACGCGUUGCAUUUCCUCGGAGGAUUGAUCAACCUCCGCUCGCUCUCGCUCGAGCGGUGCCGCGUCUCCGACGUCGGCGUCCGCCAGCUGUGCGGUCUCCGCGACUUACGCGAGCUGAACCUCGGGUACACGAGAGUCACGAACGACGGCGUGCUCGCCUUGGCGCCGCUGACCGAGCUCAGAGUCGUGAAUUUGGACUCGCUCGGCGACGUCGGGGACGCGGGGAUGGAGGUCGCGAGACGGUGGGAGAAGCUCGAGUCGCUCUGCGUCAGCGACACCGGCGUCGGCGACGGCGGCGUCCGCAAGCUGAAGUCCUGCGCGCGCCUCCGCGAUCUGAACCUGGGCUACACGAACGUCACGGACGACGGCUUGGAGCACCUGGAGGACAUGACGUCGCUGAGGAACUUAAACUUGGACUCGAGGCUCAUCACGGACGACGGCGUGCGGCACCUCGCGAACCUCGGCGCGUUGACCGCGAUUGAUUUAUUCGGGGCGAAGAUAAGCGACGAAGGCGCGUCGCGGCUGUUUAAGUGCACGCCGAAGCUGGAACGCUUGGAGCUGUGCGGCGGGAGCUUAACGAACGUGGGCGUCAAGCGCAUCGCGGAGCACUGCAAGGGGAUGAAAACGCUGAACAUCGGACGGAACGCGAAAAUCACGGACGACUGCGUCGACGACGUCGUCACGAUGCGCGAGCUCACGAGCUUAAACCUCGCGUUCAGUAAGAUAACCAGCGAUGGCGUCCGGAAGCUCGCGGCGCUGCCGUGCUUGACGUCGCUCGCGAUCAAAGGGUGCGAGUCCGUGUCCCUCGCCGCGGUGGAGCGGCUGAAACGAGAGGCGCCGGCGUUGCGAACGGUGGGGUUCUCGAUUUAA